GUUCCCUCUUGAUUUUAUUACCUUUUCGGCAAAAAUUCCAAUUAAUUACACUUGUUUUUACCCUAAUCAAUCAAUUGCCUCCUCGGAUUAGUUUUUAUCCUUUUGAUUUCUCUUCAUGCUUAUCCCUUUUACGAGACUGAUUUAGGCUUUACGAAUGUGAUUUGUUUUGUUCUUCUCCGUUUCCCAUCGUCCUCCUAAUUUUCACCGCGGUGAAAACCUACCCACGAACAGUCAUGGCUGAAUAAACAAUCGUCACACCACAUCACACUCAGAUCAGAGCCCAAAAAUCACCAUGAGAGGAGCGGUGCUCGUCGCCAUCGCCGCUACAGUAGGAAACUUCUUACAAGGAUGGGACAAUUCCACCAUUGCAGGGGCGGUGAUUUACAUAAAGAGGGAAUUCAAUCUCGAGUCCCAACCAACGAUGGAAGGCCUGAUCGUGGCCAUGUCGCUGAUGGGCGGGACGGCGAUCACGACGUUCUCCGGUCCGGUCGCCGACGUGUUCGGCCGGCGGCCGAUGCUGAUCCUCUCGUCGAUCUGUUACCUCGCCGGGAGCCUGGUCAUGCUGUGGUCGCCCAACGUCUACAUCCUGCUGCUCGCCAGGCUGCUCGACGGGUUCGGGAUCGGGCUCUCCGUGACGCUCGUCCCGCUCUACAUCUCCGAGACGGCGCCGUCGGAGAUCAGGGGCACGCUGAAUACUCUGCCGCAGUUCCUGGGAUCGGGAGGGAUGUUCAUGUCGUAUAUAAUGGUGUUCGUCAUGUCGCUCCAGGAUUCGCCCAAUUGGAGAGUGAUGCUUGGCGUUCUCGCGAUUCCUUCUCUGUCUUUUCUGGCGCUGACGGUGCUCUUCUUGCCGGAAUCGCCGCGGUGGCUCGUCAGCAAAGGGAGGUUGGAUGAGGCCAAGCUCGUUCUGCAGAGGCUCCGCGGCAGGGACGAUGUUGCAGGGGAGAUGGCUCUGUUACAGGAAGGACUCGGUGUGGGGAAAGACCCGUCCAUAGAAGAAUACAUAAUCGGGCCAGCCAACGACGGGCUUCACGGCGGCGAGCCGCCGGUGGACAAGAUGGGAGAAGUCCGAUUGUACGGCGCCGAGGAAGGCGUCUCGUGGGUGGCGAAGCCGGUGACCGGACAGAGCACUCUGGGCAUUGUGUCUCGGCAGGGGAGCAUGGCGAACCAGAACAUACCCCUAAUGGACCCGCUCGUCACUCUGUUCGGAAGCGUCCACGAGAGCAACCUCCCCGCCGGCGGCGGCGGGUCCAUGUUCGGAAGCAUGCGCGGGAGCAUGUUCUUCCCCAGCACCUCCAGCAUGCUCAACAUGAUCACCGGCCCCGGCAAUAAUCAGGGGGAAGAAGAAGGCAAUGCCGAUCACGAUUACUCCGGUAACGAUUCAGAGGACAACAAGAGCCCGCUGCUUCCGCCGCUUCAGGGCUCCGACAAGGACUACGCGACGGCUUCGUCGUUGAGGCCGUCGGGGUACGGAAGCAGCAUGUUCAAUGGGCAGCGGAACAGCAGCAUUUUUGCGGCAGGGGAUGAAGGCGGCGGGGUCGGGAUUGGAGGAGGGUGGCAGCUGGCGUACAAGAAGAAGGAAGGCGGGCUUCAGAGGGUGUAUCUUCACGGCGGCGCGGCGGCCGGGUCGAGGAGAGGGUCGAUGGUUUCCGGCCUGGGUGGCGCCAUGGAUGUCGAGGAAAUCGGGGCAGGAGAGUUUGUCCCCGCUGCUGCGCUCGUUAGCCAGACGGCCGUUUGCUCCAAGGAUGUGCUUGCCGGUGGGAAGCCACAAAUUGGAGGACGACGGCCGCCGCAGAAGGACAGUAAAGGCGCCGGAUGCUCCGACCUCUUUGAACCUGGGAUCAAGCGUGCUUUGGUAGUCGGAGUUGUGCUCCAGUUUCUUCAGCAGAUUUCGGGGAUCAACGGAGUACUGUACUACGCACCCCAGAUCCUACAAGAAGCAGGGGUUUCGAUUCUACUAGCAAGUCUGGGAUUGCGAUCGGACUCUGCCUCCAUCCUCAUCAGCCUUUUCUCCACAAUUAUAAUGCUCCCCUGCAUUAUGAUUUCCAUGAGGAUCAUGGACGUCGCCGGCAGAAGGUCGAUCAUGCUGUACACGAUCCCAAUCUUGGUGGUGGCGCUGUUCGCGCUAGUGUUCAGCAGCAUAGUGAGCAUGGGCGCCGUGCCCAGGGCAAUAAUCUCGACGGGCGGCGUGGUGGUGUACAUGAGCUGUUUCGUGAUGGGGUUCGGCGUCAUCCCCAACAUACUCUGCGCCGAGAUUUUCCCCACGGCGGCUCGGGGGCUCUGCAUCACGAUCUGCGCGCUCACUUACUGGAUCAUGAACAUCGUCGUCACGUAUUCGUCGCCGCUGCUGCUCAACAGCCUGGGGCUGGCCGGGGUGUUUACGAUCUUUGGGAUUGGGUGCAUGCUGUCGUGGGUUUUCGUGUUCCUCAAGGUGCCGGAGACGAAAGGGAUGCCGUUGGAGGUCAUUUCGGAGUUCUUUGCUGCUGGAGCGUCGGUGCUGGAUCGCCAGAACUGAGGGGGAUAGAAUAGGAGUUUUGGUUUUGUUUGGUGAUUGGUCCCUUUUUCAUUGGUUUGCUUUUGAAGUUGUUUUCUUGACUCUAUCAUUAAUUCGUUGAUGGUUUGUAUUGCGAGAAUGUGACCAGGUCCAAUAAAAGAAAAGGUUAGAAUCAUUGAUGAUUUGGGUCUAUAUACUAUAUAUACUCUAUACUCUGUAGUGUUGUUUAUGUAUCUGGAAACAAGUUAACGUAGAAGUGCUUUACAUCCUUGGGGUUAAUUUAACUAUUGAAAGUGUCAUAUAAUUCGAGAUAGAAACAAAAAAUAAUGAACAAUGUCGUUAAUU